AUGACAGCCCUGCGACCUUCCAGGUUCUUUUGGUCUCUCGUGGAGCGGCCCCCUGCCGCGGUCCCCGAGAUGCUUCAGCGCGCUAGCCAGUUCAUCGCCCCCGACGGACGCUCGUUCGAGCGCUCCCUCCGCUUCGGGUUUAAAGCCGCUAACAACAAAGCGGAAUACGAGGCGCUCCUCGCUGGACUCAGUUUGGCCCUCGAGAUGCAGGUGGCUGCUAUACACGUCCUCACUGACUCGCAGCUUGUGGCCGAGCAACUCAACGGUGGAUACAAAGCUCGGGACCCAACCAUGGCGAAAUACCUGGCACGGGUAAGGGACCUGACUGCCAAGUUCCCUUAUUUUACGUUAUCUAAUGUUCCGAGGGAAGAGAACGAGCGAGCCGACGCGCUAGCUAAGCUGGCAUCAAAGCCGACCCCCGAAGCAUGGCCGGAGGUCGAGGAGCUUCCUGCACGCGCCGUCGAAGUAGCGGCUACGGCCCCUGGCAGCGCGCCGAUCACAUGGGUGCAAGAGCUGCUACACUUCAAGCGGGAUGGGACCCUUCCCCACGACGAAGUUGCGGCUCGACACCUGCGUCGUACACACGCAUGGUACACCGAGGAGAGUGGGCGGCUUUAUAAGCGGUCCUUCACCUAUCCCCUCCUACGAUGCUUGGAGCUCGACGAAGCCCAGACGGUCCCAGCCGAGAUCCACGAGGGAGUCUGCGGAGAACACAUCGGCGGGCGAACCUUGGCACACAAAAUACUCCGCCAAGGUUACUACUGGCCGACCACGUGUCGGGACGCGAAAGCUUACGUGCAGCGGUGCGGUUCAUGCCAAGAACACGCCCGCGCACCUCGACAGCCCGCGGUCCCGCUCAGCCCCAUGCGCGUGGCCAUUCGCGCAGUGGGGCUUGGACCUGCUUGGACCUUUCCCACCGGCUUCGGGGCAACGGAAUUCACUGGUAGAAGGUUCCGGGAGUUCUGUGCCAGUCAGGGCAUCCAGCUAAGGUUCAGCUCGGUGGCCCACCCUCAGACGAACGGGCUGGCGAAGGUAACCAAUCAGUCCAUCUUGGACGGACUCAAAAGAAGAGUGUCCGCAGCCCGAUCGGCCUGGACGGACGAACUCCCUAGCGUACUAUGGUCACUACGCACCACCCCCAAGACCGCGACUGGAGAGUCCCCGUACAGCCUGAUGUUCGGAACCGAAGCUGUCUUGCCACCCGAGGUGACUCUUGCCACCCUUUGGAAAAGGAGCUAUGACGAGGAACUCUCGAACGAGGGACUUCGUGCCAGCCUCGACGUGCUCGAGGAGCGACGCGCCGACGCACACCUGAAGGCCCUCUCUUACAAGAGAGCCUGUCGCAAGGGUCUACAAUAG